AUGAACUACAGCAAUUCCUGUUGUCCAGUUGAAGGAAAUGUUCUCACCAAAGUGCUUCCAGCUCUGCUCAUUUUCAUCUUUGUGCUGGGUGUAUUUGCCAAUGGUCUGGCCCUUUGGGUUUUCUGUUAUUAUGUGAAGAGUUGGAAGAGUAGCACUGUUUUCCUCUUCAACCUGGCCCUGGCAGAUUUCCUCCUGCUCUCUACGCUGCCAUUUCGUGCCACUUACUACCUCUCAGGAAUGGUGUGGACUUUCGGAGAUGCGUUUUGCAGAAUUUCUCUCUUCAUGUUGGCUAUGAAUCGCCUUGGAAGCAUCAUCUUCUUAACAGUCAUUGCAGUGGACAGAUACCUUCGAGUGGUCUAUCCCCACCAUCAUCUAAACUCGAUGACGGCUCCCAAGGCAGCUUGUGUGGCUGCUGGACUGUGGGUGAUUAAUAUUUCUUUGCUAGGUUACAUGUUGGAUCCAAAAGCCUUCAGGCUGAAUGACAAACAGCAAUGCGAGAGUUUUUGGAUCUGUCGUCCGAUGACUGCGAUCGUCACAAUGCGAAAAUGCAUCUACUUUCUGUCGUUCUGCAUUCCGCUGAGCGUGAUUCUAUUCUGCACAGCCCGUAUCGUCUCACAGCUGCGAGAGAGGCAGCUCAACAAGCACUCCAAGAUCAAAAGAGCUCUGUGCUUCAUCAUCGUCGUGGUGUUCAUGUUUGUCGUCUGCUUCCUCCCAAGCAAUGUCACCCAGCUGGUCAUUUGGACCAAGCUUACCAGUAGCUGGUGCUGCCAGACGAUGGAAAACCUCACCACAUUGUUCUACAUCACCAUCAGCCUCACCUACAUGAACAGCAUGAUGAACCCUGUGGUCUACUACUUCUGCAAUCCCACUUUCAAGAGAAUCUACAACAAGGUAGUAAGAUUCAGCAAAAUCCCUGUGGAGACAGACACAAGGGAAGACAAGACACGGGACACCGCUUCCCAGACUCCCAGUCAGCUGAUUAACUGA